CGCGGCAUGGGUACUUCGGCAGGGAUUGGACAGUGUUUAUUUUGAUUUUUGAAUUUCUUCAACAUGUGCUCGUAGUUGAAUAAGCUGGACUUUAUUCAACUUUAUUUAAUCAUUAUUAUUGAAGCUUAUAUUUCAUAAAGCUACACUAUGUUGGACGAAGGAGUGGUCGAUCAAUCGCCUAAAAAAUCCAAAAAGAAGAAGUCAGUGGGUGCAAUUCAGUCGGCAUCAGAUUUUCGAAUUGAACCUUCUAAUGAUGUUCCCAAGUUGGAAACUUCUGACUGGCCUUUAUUGCUCAAGAAUUUUGAUAAACUACACAUACGUAGUAAUCAUUAUACACCUCUACCGUUUGGUGCUUCUCCCCUGAAAAGAAAUAUCCAUGAUUACGUUCGAUCAGGAUGUAUAUAUUUAGAUAAACCCGCCAAUCCAAGCUCCCAUGAAGUUGUUGCUUGGAUUAAGAGAAUUCUGAAAGUUGAUAAAACUGGUCACUCCGGAACCCUAGAUCCUAAAACAACAGGUUGUUUAGUAGUCUGUAUCGAUAGAGCCACAAGACUGGUGAAAUCACAACAGAGUGCUGGAAAAGAGUACAUCGCUAUUUUUCAGUUACACGAGAAAGUGGAAAGCGUAAAGAAAAUAACUCAAGGAUUAGAGAGAUUAAGAGGCGCUCUGUUUCAACGCCCUCCUUUAAUAUCUGCUGUGAAAAGGCAAUUGAGAGUUCGUACCAUAUAUGAUACGAAAUUAUUGGAUUACGACGAAGAGAAGAAUAUCGGUGUUUUUUGGGUGAAAUGCGAAGCUGGAACGUAUGUUAGGACAAUGUGUGUUCAUCUUGGUUUACUGCUGGGAGUUGGAGGACAGAUGAUUGAAUUACGUAGAAAUCGUUCUGGACAUCAUUCGGAAGAAGAUGGAUUAGUUACCUUGCAUGAUAUUUUAGACGCCCAAUGGCUUUAUGAGAAUUUCAAAGAUGAAAGCUAUCUAAGAAGAGUUAUUAGACCUUUAGAAAGUUUAUUAACUCAACAUAAACGGAUAAUCAUGAAAGACAGCGCUGUGAAUGCUAUUUGUUAUGGCGCCAAAAUCAUGUUACCUGGCGUACUUCGUUUUGAUGAUGGCAUUGAAAUUGAUCAAGAGAUUGUAAUUGUCACAACUAAAGGAGAAGCUAUCGCUUUAGGUAUCGCUUUAAUGACCACUGCCACAAUGGCGGGCUGUGACCACGGUUCUGUCGCGAAAAUCAAGCGUGUUUUAAUGGAUCGUGAUACGUAUCCUAGAAAGUGGGGCUUGGGUGCUAAGGCCACUAUGAAAAAGAAAUUGAUAGCUCAAGGCCUGCUGGACCAAUACGGUAAACCUAAUGAGAAAACUCCUCCGGAUUGGUGGAAAACAGGCGAAGAAAUUAAGCAGGAGGUGAUACUUCCUUCGGAUAUUAAAAUCGAAGGGGAACGUAAGAGGAAAGCUGCUAGCCCAGUGUCCGAUAUUUCUCCAGAUACAUCGUUGAAAGUUGAGAAAAAAAAGAAGAAGAAAAAGAAAGAUUUAGUUCCCGAAGAGGAAACAGAAGCGCAAGUCGACGUCUCUUUGAAAACGGAAGAAAAUGUGGAAGAUGAACAAGUCAAAAAAGAAAAGAAAAAAAAGAAAAAGAAGAAUAAAGAUAGAGAAGACGAUGAUUGAGAACUCUUCAUUUUUUUAAGAAUUUUUGAUAUUUUCAUUUUGAAUAUCUUUGUGUUAAUAUAUUUGUUUCUUUUUUA